AUGACAGUCAGGCAAAACAAUAAUAAUCAUGGUGCCGGUGGACCCAAGAAUGCGCUAAACUUGGAAACGAGCCGGAGCCUAUCACCGCUGGAGAUAUGGGCUUCUGUCGCCCCUAUCACCAUAUCGCCAGCCUGUGCGUGUUUGAUUUCAAACAGCAGCGAGCAGCAUCAGGAAUACAUAGCUAUGGUAACCCAGCUACUACGUAUCUCCCUUACUCUGGAAAAAACGUCCAACAAUGAGCAUUCAGUCUACGCCGUUGUGAACGUUGCGAAAGCUCCCUCCGCCUUCUGUUUGGAAUUGGGGCGGCGCAAGAACCUUAACAUCCUUCAGGCUUCAACUCUCUCGCAUCUUGUUCCCUAA